AUGCCUUUAGCUACUCGGGUCGCAUUAGCUGCAACUUUCACUCUCUUUCUCGCAUCGCUUGCGACCGCCAUUCCGCACGGUGACGAUGAAUCUAUGGACAUGGGGAUGGAUAUGAACGCGGGCACUAACGCGCCGCAACCUACCACCACCGCGACACAAGCUACCACCGACGGUCCGAUGAGCUAUUUUGCAUACAGCAAGCACUCCAGCACCAUCGUAGCUCACAUUGCCCUCAUGGUUCUGGGAUGGUGCUUCGUUCUUCCUGUUGCUGUCAUGCUGAGCAUCGCGCGCUCAUGGCUCGCACUUCCAUCGCAAUUCCUCUUUCUGGGUUUCAACGCUUUCGGCGUCCUACUCGGGGUUAUCUAUAACAAUCAGACACCAGACCUCUACGAGAACAACGCACACCACAAAAUCGGCUGGAUCGCGACGUGUGUUGUCAGCGCCCAGGUCAUCCUCGCUUUGCUCUUUGCCUAUGCUGGCCGCGGCAAGUCGAAUGCGCCCUCGUAUGAACACGCUACGUUCUUGCCUGUCGCGACGGACGAUGAUACUGAGCAUGCUUGCCUCAAUGGUGCGAUGCGCGCGCAUCGCUGGUCUCGCGACAGUGGCCAGGGUACGGAUAGUAACUCGUCUUCUAUCCGUAGCCCUGGAUCAUCAUGCGGGUCGCCUACCGAAUACGAUGGAUUUGAAAAGCCCGAGGAACUGCCCGCGAAGGUUACCGUUCGAAACAGCUGGAUCCGUCAGACGGCUGUUGGUCGUUUCCUGUCGAAGACUCUCCCUGGUCUGAUGCCCAGCCGGGUUCUCCGCGUCUUGAAUGUCGUGUAUAACGUCGUUGACCGUGUCAUUCUUCCAUUCGGAUUCACGGCUAUUGCGACUGGGGCUGUGACUUAUGGUGGCAUCAUGAGGGAUCGUGAGAUCUUCAACGGGCUUGCGCACUUCAUCAAGGGUGGUAUCUUCUUCUGGUACGGUAUCCUGACCCUCGGACGCUAUAUUGGUUGCUGGGCAGAUCUGGGCUGGGCCUGGAACAAGAAGCCGUCGGCCUCUAUUGUUGGAUGGAAAUCCAAGGUUCCCUCGGGUGAAGCAACAGAGUCGUUCGUUAUUUUCUUAUAUGGUGCGACAAAUGUUUUCCUCGAGCACCUCUCCAAUGCGGGCAAGGCAUGGUCUGCUACCGAUCUCGAGCACGUUUCGAUUUCCGUACUGUUCUUCGGCGGCGGUCUGGCCGGUAUGCUUUUCGAAUCUACUCGUGUCCGUGACUGGGUCAACAAGACCAUCCUCGAAAUCCCUGCCCAUGACGCUUCGAAUGAAGCCUGGACCCCACCGAGGUCGCAGGGCGUUUCCUUGAACCCCAUGCCAGCCCUAGUCAUUAUGUUGCUUGGCAUGAUGAUGGGGUCGCACCACCAGACUAGCAUGACAUCGACCAUGGUGCACAAGCAAUGGGGUAACAUGCUGGUUGGUUUUGCACUGGCGCGCGGCAUGACGUACGUUCUGCUGUACCUCAAGCCUCCGACCUCGUACCUCCCGGCUCGUCCCCGACAGAGAUCGUUGCUGCGUUCUACCCGCAAUGUGAUUGAAGCGAUGGAGUACUACGAACUGGACGCAAUGUUCACCUUCACCGUCGGCCUGGGCUUCAGUGCUUUCAUCAUGGCCUAUGAGAUCUUGGCAAUUGCCAUCAAGGCCUGGGCUGUGAAGCGUGCCCAGCGCUCACGGCCAAACUUCCGCUUCCAGUGA